AUGGGUUAUUUUUCUCGUGGUCUUCGUUGGGUUUUUGACGUUUCUAAUCCACAUGACCCCAAGCUGCGAGGGUGGGUGCAUCCUACGUGCGCCUUGGCAAUCAAUUUGAGCUUGGCUCUUCUCGUUGCUUGCGCUGCCUUCUUGGCGGCUCCCCCAGCAUUUCACGAGGCCUGGCUGCAGCACCAGCCCCUUACAGUAGUCCAUUUCACACAAGGUGCUGUUUCCCUCCUUCAGAGCUCCAAUGCAGUUGGCCUCUACCGCGUCUUGCAGUGGCUAAGACAAACAGCUGGGCAGUUCCUGCUGCCCGAGAAGUUGCUUGCCUUCGACCGACAACAGGCCUUUGCACUGUAUACGUGGAAAGAAGAAGGAUUUGACCCUCGUUAUCUUGGAACUCUUCUUGCAAUUUACGUCGCACUUAUGCUCGCCAGCCGUUUGUACGAGAAGGGGCCAGUGAUGCUCUACGACGCGGCCUGGGCCUGCAACUUAGCCUUACUUCUAACAGCUGCUGGUGAGCAAGCAAGUAGCCACAUGCUUUAG